AUGGACAAGAAGUUGCAGUCUCGCCGUAAGUCGAGGGCCCCCUCAGUACCCAGGGGCCCCAGGGGCCUCCUGCUGCCGGGGGCCCCCCUCGCUGCAGGGGGCCCCUGGGUCAGCGAACAAGUGGUGGAAGUGCGGAGGCCCCAAGUGCAGGAAGUGGUGGUGGAAGUGCCGCAAGUGGCUGCAGUGGAAAGACUGGUGGAGGAAAAGAAAAAAGUUUUUCAAGAAAAAAUAAAAUAUAUUCCCAAGUUCGAAACUGUGGAAAGAAUUCGACAUGUCCCCAAACCCAUCACCAAAGAAGUCAUCACUGACGUGCCCCAAGUCCAGCUCGUCGAACGCACCGUCGAGGUCCCCACCACCAUCUACCAGGAGGUGGUGGUGCCGGUGCCGAAGCCAGUGAUAGAGGAGCGCACAACAGCAAUUCCCAAACCCGUUUUUGUCGAAAAAAUUGUCGAAGUCCCUCGAAGAGUUCAUCGCGAAGUUCCAAUUGAAAGAAUUGUCGAAGUUCCUGAAACUCGAAUUGAAUACAAAUACAGAGACAUUCCAGUGCCCCGCAGGGUCUUCCUCCGCCACUCCACGGCCCCGGGGGCCCCCCUGGGGGCCCCCCUGGGGGCCCCCCCGGGGGCCCCCCUGGGGGCCCCCCUGGGGGCCCCCGGGGGGCCCCUGCUGCGGAGGCCCGCCGCGACCCCCAGGCAGCAGUCUUCGCCGCUGAGGGCCCCCGGGGGGCCCCCCAGUACCCCCUCGUGCCCGCUGAGCACUUGCUGCUCGCCGGGGGGCCCCCGGGGGGCCCCCCGAGACCCUGCGGGGGGCCCCCCCGUGGUGUACCGCAGCAUCUCGGCCAGCCCGAGGGCCUCGUACCCGCUGCCGGGGCGGUGGGGCGCGGCCUGGCCGCAGCAGCAGCAGCAGCAGCAGCAGCAGCAGCUGCAGCAGCUGCUGCUGCAGCAGCCCGCGUACGUGGUGGAAGGCGAAGAAGCAGCAGCAGAUGAAGCUGGCUGCUGCGCGCUGCUGAGCCCCCGGCAGCGCAGCAAAGCCCCAGUGCGCCGCGCGGAGCUGCUGCUGUCUGGGAUCCAAAAAAGCGAUCCCGGGAUCCAAAAAAGCGAUCCCGGGAUCCAAAAAAGCGAUCCCGGGAUCCAAAAAAACGAUCCCAACAAAAAUAAACUCCACUUAAGAGUUGCCACUCUCCCCCCCAGACGCUCCGCCAGGCGCCCCUGCGAGUCUUGCUGCGCUCCGGCCCGGGCCUACUCCGUGCCCCCCCCCGCCACCUUGCUGCUGAGGGUUUGCACUUUUGCUGCAGACGGUGAGAGUAAUUCCUCCUCCUGCGGUGCCCUUCGAGCCGGUCCCAGUGCCCCUCUACCAGUACACGCAGCACACCGUGAUCAGCAGCAGCAGCAGCAGCAGCAGCAGCAGCAGCAGCAGCAGCAGCAGCAGCAGCAGCAGCAGCAGCAGCCAGUGCUGGCCUUCUCUGAACCCUGGAUCCGCACGAAGCUGGGAGAUAUGCCAUUUGCUGAGUUCGAGCGGCUUAACAAUGAAGACUCUUUGGCUUCGAGUCCGCGUGCUGCUGCUUCGCUUGUGCGUUCCAUAAGCUGCACUGCUGCUGCUGCUGCUGCGCAGCAGCAGCAGCAGCAGGAGCAGCAGCAGCAGGCGUAUCUGCAGCUGCAGCAGAAGCAGCAAGAGGCAGCCGCGGAGCAGCGGAGACGCAAGCAGGAGGAAGAAGAACGGCGGCUGCGGCUGCUGCAGCAGCAGGCUGAGCAGGAGCGGCAGCGCCUGCUGCAGCUGCAGCAGCAGCAGCAGCAGCAGCGGCAGCGGGAAGAGGAGGCUCGCAUAGCCUUCGAGCAGCAGGAGCAGCAGCGGCUGCAGCAGCUGCAGCGGCUGGAGGAGCAGCGAAGGGAAGCAGAGGCGCGGCGGCAGCAGGAGCUGCAGCUGCUGCAGCAGCAGCUGCAGCAGCAGCUGCAGCAGCAGCGCGAGCAGCAAGAGGCGGAGAUGCAGCAGCGGCUGGAGGAGGAGAAGCGGCGGCGAGAAGAAGAAAGACAGAAACUCCUGGAGCAGCUGCAGCAGGAAAGAGAACACCGGCAGCAGCUGCAGCAGCAGCAGCAGCAGCGGCAGCUAGAAGAACUCAUGCAAAUCCAAGACAGACAAAGAAAGGAACAGGAAGAGCGGCAGCAGCGGUUUCUGCAGCAGCAGGAGCAGGCCAUGGCGAAGCUGCUGCAGCAGCAGCAGAAGCAGCAGAAGCAGCUGCAGGCGGAGCUCAAGGCCCACCACGAACGGCUGCAGCAGCAGCAGCUGCUGCUGCGGGUGCAGCAGGAAGAAGCCCUCAAGCAGCUGCAGCAAGACCACUUGCUGCAGCAGCAGCGCCUUGCUGCUGACUCCGACCGCCGCGCAGAAGCUCUCUGGGUGCAGCUGGAAGCAGCCAGCAGGUCUUGCGGCACUUCUCCGGAGCCCAAGGCGGCGCCGGAGGGCAGCAGCGAAGUGCUGAUAGAAACGCGGUUUGGUCUGAUGCCCUAUUCCCAGUUUGUUGCCCUAAACCAGGCCAACACUCUCAAGGGCGGCGCAGUGGCUCCGCUCACUACAGAGCAGCAACAGCAACAGCAGCAGCAGCAGCAGCAGCAGCAGCAGCAGCAGCAGCAGCAGCAGCAGCGUGCGGUGGGGGCCCCCCAGUACUACAGCUACGUGGGGGCCCCCCCCGCGGGGGCCCCCGCGGGGGCCCCCUUGGGGGCCCCCGCGUUCGCAGGGUACCUGGUGGAGGGGGGGGCCCCCAGCAGCAGCAGCAGCAGCAGCUGCCUGCUGCCCAGCGGCGAAGAAGCAGCAGAACUGCAGGCGGAGGCGCAGCGGAUUGGCCAGGAAGCUGUGGCUGUGGGGUCUCAGGUGUAUGGGGAGGUCAAGAGCGCUGUCACCUCCCAAACUGCCCAGGGCCUCUUCAGCUCUGUGGGGGGCCUCGUGGCUGACGCCUACCACCGCCUCCGCGCCGCCACUCACUGA